GACAUUGCAGAGAAAAACUUAACAAAGAGCUUUAAAAAAGAUGAUCUCUCUUGGCACAUUGUAGCAUCAACGGGAGAUGCUCUAAAUCUCCCUAAACUUACCGAUCGUGUACCAAUUCAUCCGAUCCGGCACCUCUCUCUACCGCUCAUCUCAGCCAGAAGGUCGUACGCUAUAUUGUUCUCUCCCUUUCCAGCUCCUCUUCCCCUUAGGUCGGACGCAGUCUACACUACGCCGUGCUUCUAGUAUCCAGAGCGAGCUGAUAACAUCACAAAUGGGGAUUGGUGAGCUGAAUAUGGAAGAGAUGUCAUUGCCAGCUCUCUUCGAACGUGUUCGACAAGUCCACUCCUCAGCAUCUGAAUCGACGGUUGAUCAGGAGACGGUUAGAAAGGGGUGCGAACUGUCAAGGAAGUGCGAGGAAAUGAUCAGUAAGCUAGGUCUGUUUUCUUCAAAUGAGGUGAAAGAUGAUAUUAGCACUGCGAAUCUCAAAUAUCUUCUGGUGCCAUAUUAUCUUGGUGAGUUAACGGAGAAGAUUUCAGAAGGUGAUAGACUGCAAAUUCUUAAAGCCUCGCAGGCUAAGUUGAAGGAGUUUAUUGCAUUUUGUGAGGCAAUGGAGCUUGUUCCUGAAGCUGAAUUGGAGCAAUCUAUCGCAGCUGGUCCAAAUGGUUUUGCAGAUCGUAGAGCAAAGAAGAUUGCACGUUUCAAACGCCAAAAGGAAGCCGAAUCAAAAUUGCUUGAACUGAAGGAGCGGAAGGAGCGUCGUGGGCGAUCAACUAAAGCUUCUGCUCUAUCAACUCCCGUUGAGGCGGGUGAAGAAGAUGUACUGGAUGAAGAUGGAGAAGAAGGAAGAGAGGUUUGGCUUGCAACCAUCUCCUUAUCUCUUUGUAAGGCUAUUGAUCUACUAGAAAUGCUGAGGAAAGAAGAUGAAAUGCUCUCUGCUAUAAAGGAGAAACAGCUUGAGGAAGGACAAACACAGAUCUCACAAGCAAUUCUUGAUGAACGCACAAUGAAAGCAGAGGUGUGGCAUCGUGCUGCUGCUGCGCGGUCACUCUACACUAGACCGGCAAAUCCUAUCACUUGUGCAACUUUCGCCCAAGAUGUUAUAGAGGGGAGAGCAGAUGUUUCGCAGGUGCAUGAGCAUAAACACCAGCCCUUGAUAUUUGGACCAGCUAGUCUUGUUGGCGGGAAUCCCACUACUCAACGGGAAAGAAUGGCUGCACAGGUUUUCCAGCCACACUAUAGAAUGCCAACUAUGAGCAUAGAAGAAGCCGGGCUAAAGGAGAUGGAGAUAAUGAACAAGUGGCAAGAAAAGAAUGUGAAGCUCAUGGAAGAAGCAAAUUCAGCAUGGUACAAGGAAAACCGCACAUCAAAGCCUGUAGAUGAAGGCGAAGAAGAAGAUGAAGAUGCUGCUGAAGAGAAAGCCAGGGCAUGGGAUGACUGGAAAGAUGACAAUCCUCGUGGUGCCGGCAACAAAAAACUCACACCUUGUGGCUAAGAUUCACCAACCGAUGGUUAAAUUAAUAUGGGAACUGCAUGUUCCACACUUCCCACCGUAGCCUUUCCAUGCAUUGAUAUUGCAUGUCAGUUUUUGAGAUUGAAUGAUGAACUCAUUUCUUUCAUUUCAUAUAUAUAUUCCGGUUUUCCAGGUGCAUGAUGGGUUAAGAGCCAGUCUUUGUAUAGGGCUAUAGGAGAUUUAUAUUAGUAAAUCAUUUGCGUAAAUUAAAGAAUCACAGUAACUGAUACCACCACCAGUUGUUGGCGUCACUGUUAAUAUUUUGUUGAUUUCUUGUUUCUAUGUACUGUCUUGGCGAAAAUCAAAAUAUUCUCUUGCCC